CACGCCUCUUUAUUGCUCCUUCCUGUCCAGCCCACCCACAGGAUGUCGCAGCAGCGCUUGUCAGGCAGAGCCAGGCUGAAACGCACGGGGGAAGGAAAUGCUUUAUUAGCAACUUCCGGCCAAGACAGAGAGCGGAGAACGCUGCAAGAGAAGAGGGCGGUGUGUGUGGAGGGCUGAUAGCGGGUCGAGCUGUGAUGUCACAGAGCUGUGUAGAAGGAUACGAGGAUGGUACGAUGGAGAAUCGGCUCCAGUCUUCAGAUCUAUUGUCUGGAAAACCCAACUCUGAUGAUCCUCCAUCGCCGGAUUGGAAGAAUGAAGAUGAGAAAGUUAUUAUCCGCCCCACAUGUGACAGGAUUCCCACGCCAGACAGGACAGAGACCUCGUGUGAAGAUGUCCCUGUUAGGACUUUAUCCUCCGAUCAUCCUACGGACCUCCAUACUGCAGAAGAUGGUGAGGAAAACUCAACUCCUGUUAAGGAGGAAGAAGAUCCCCCGUUUCCUGACCGUUCAUCAGAUCCUGCAGAGACUACCUGCAUUAAAGAAGAACCUGCCUGGUGUCGAGGAGAACAUUUCCCACACAAUGACCUUGAUACAACCACUGAUUCACAAUGUGUGGCCAAUCAUGUUAAAGCAGAAACUCCGGCACCUAAAGAAGAAGAUGUCGUCACACAGAUGGACGUUUCUCCACCCAUGUCUUUGACGUCUUCUGAUAUCAAGGAGGAACCAUUCUGGGCUGAAGCAGAAGAGCUUCUUUCCCCACCUGAGGCUUCUAUGCCAAUGGAUUCACCUUCUGAUCUUAAGGAGGAGUCGGACUUGAGCGAGGAAGAAACACUCGAUGAAGAGUCAAAAUAUACGCCGGAUACGGAAGAGCAGAUGUAUAGCGGUGAGCAGUAUUUGAACUCCGGGGAUGGUGCAUACAUUUGCUCCGAGUGUGGCCUGUCUUUUUCCAACGUCUCAGAAUUUGAUGACCACCACCAGGCCACCCACCCCGAAGAGCAGCCUCAUUUCUGCUCAGAGUGCGGGAAGAGCUUUACCAGCAAAGCCAACCUCCUCAAACACCAGACUAUCCACAGCGGAGAGGAGCUGUUUACCUGCGGCGAGUGCGGGCGGCGCUUCCCUGACAGUGACCAGCUUGCCAAACACGAGCAGACUCACACAGGGAGCAAGCCGUACGCCUGCGCUGAGUGCGGAAAAUGCUUCUCUUACCAGCGUGGCCUAAUGAGGCACCGCAAGAUCCACACAGGCGUGAAGCCUUAUUCCUGCACCGAAUGCCGGAAGUCAUUCAUCACCAGGGCGGAACUCAUCAUCCACCAGCGUAGUCACACCGGGGAGAAGCCAUAUCCGUGCUCGGAGUGCGGAAGGUGCUUCUCCCAGUUCGCCAACCUCUCCCAACAUCUAAAGCGUCACACAGGUCAGCGGCCGUUCGUGUGCCACAAGUGUGGGAAGGCCUUUACCCAGAACGCUCACCUGCUCAGCCACCAAAAGACUCAUGGCCCAGAGAAGCCAUACCCUUGCCACGAGUGCGGGAAGGGCUUCACCACCAAGACGUAUUUGGUGGAGCAUCAACGCAGCCACAGGGGUGAGAACCCAUAUUGCGAGAUCUGCAGGAAGUACUUCGUUAGCACCUACUACCUCGCCGUCCAUCGGCGCAUUCACACGGGCGAGAAGCCGUUCAUGUGCUCAAUCUGCCUAAAGGGCUGUUACACCAAGGCCAACCUGGAGGCCCACCAGCGGAUCCACACCAGGGAGAGACGCUUCACCUGCCGGACUUGCGGCAUCUACUACGAGUCGAAAUUUAAAUUGGUCCACCACCAGAAGAGCCACAAAGUCCCUCUACCGCCUCCGUCACCGCCACUGGCCGCAUCUUUGAUAUCAUCCUCAUCGUUGCCAACAGCGUCAUUGCCACCAUCAUCUCCGGGACCUUUGUCGUCAUUAGCAAACUGUGACUAUGUAAAGCACACCAUAGUAUGAUCCCAAAUUAAAGACUGAGCUUGGCACAGAUACACAUUGGAAGUCCUCCUUCAAGGACCUACCUUGUGGGAGCAUGCUAGUUAUGAUUGUCUUUGGCAGUUUCUAGAGGCAACAUGCUAACUAUAAGGAAAGCCUUAAGGUAAAUGCAAGUGUUGCACCUAAGAGAGCAGCCACUUACCUUAACUAUGAGGGGGGCCCAAUCUGUCCUUCACUUUCAGUUAUGUGUUUGAAGUUGACCUGGUUGGGAGGAGCCUGAGGACCAACCAGUGAGAAAGCAGCAGAAGUCCAAGGCAAAGCUACCAUUUACCUCAAUGUCGUACUGGAAGCACCCAGUGAUCGGCUGGUGGCUGCCACAAUGUUUGGUUCUCCAGAAGCAAGGGGAUUGAUGACCAGCCCAACUUCAGCACUUUCGGUAUCAGCAGGCUAAGGGGCAGGAUUACCGCGUGAGAUUUGGUGGUCACAGGCCAGUGCUGCAACUUUAGUGUAGGUGAGAUCUACAUGAGGGGCAACUUGCCGAAGAUCAGGUGGUAACCCGAACAUGACCAACGGUUGUGAUGGUGGCACACAACCAACCGAACUUUGGGAAACCGCUUAGCGCAAAGGGUAGACUUCCUCAGGGAACUGACAUGUCUAGGAAUGGACUUCCUCAGGGAACUGACAUCUAUAGCUAUGUAACACUUGAGAUCUAGUGAUGUCACUAAGCCACACUCUUGAGAUCUAGUGAUGUCACCAAGGAGCACUCUUGAGAUCUAGUGAUGUCACUAAGCCACACUCUUGAGAUCUAGUGAUGUCACCAAGGAGCACUCUUGAGAUCUAGUGAUGUCACCAAGGAGCACUCUUGAGAUCUAGUGAUGUCACCAAGGAGCACUCUUGAGAUCUAGUGAUGUCACCAAGGAGCACUCUUGAGAUCUAGUGAUGUCACCAAGGAGCACUCUUGAGAUCUAGUGAUGUCACCAAGGAGCACUCUUGAGAUCUAGUGAUGUCACCAAGGAGCACUCUUGAAAUCUAGUGAUGUCACUACGCCACACUCUUGAGAUCUAGUGAUGUCAACAAGGAGCACUCUUGAGAUCUAGUGAUGUCAACAAGGAGCACUCUUGAGAUCUAGUGAUGUCAACAAGGAGCACUCUUGAGAUCACCCCCUCAACAACUCUUGGCAUCCUGAUUCCUUGGGUUUAAAAAGAACUCUGAUAACCCCAACAUGUAUGGGAAAUGGCCACAUUCCAUGAUCCUCUUACCACUAUGGACACUGUAUGACCCUUUCUGUGAAAGGAGAAAAUGCAUUAAGCCUCUAAUAAUUAGAUACAUGUGCAAAGAUUUAAACAUUUGCAAAGAUGUGUGGAUGUUCCUCUCCAAAUAAAAAAAGUCACCUCCCAUGA